CGUCAUUUGGCUGAAGAGUGUGACUGCGGUUGGUUAGUUUCUGGGUGACAGAGGAAGCUGCUCACCGGAUGAUAAGGAGACAUUGCAAUACAGGCACACACAUGCUGUUUAGUAAGAAUACACCCAAUCCAUGGAUAUAACCAUGCUUUUGUGGCUUAAACUCUUGGCCUUUGGCUUGGCCCUUGUGGACGUGGGUGUUUUUGGAAAAGAUGAAACAAAACCUCCGCUUGAUCAUGGAGAAACAAGCUACUCUCCAACUUCUGACCCUUCUUUCAUACCUCCACGCACCAUGCUAUCCUCACCUGCAAACAUCCUGGAUGGAAAUCCUGGCUCAACAACAAGAGACACAGUGGUCCCUAUUUACCAGACCUCUAAUUCUACUGAAAUAUCUGUUAGGAAAGUGAACGCUACUUCUUCUCCUGCCACAACUGUUUCCAUCGCCAUCACAGAGCCUUUUCCAGCAAGCAACUCAUCCCUCACCAAUCACAUGGAUUCAAACUCUUCCACCAUUCAGGCAUUCAGCAGCACUGCUACCCUUUCUCCAUUCUUUCCCUCCACCGACAUGCAUGCACCAUCAGAUUAUCCGAAUAAUUCUUCCAUGCAUGACAACAUCCCAGUUUCUACUGCCACUCCAGCAAACAUCUCUCAAGCUUCUGCAGGCACCACCUCUGGUCCAAUAGUAUCGUCUACUACUCGUCGCUGCAGUAUCACGGUUGGAAAAUACAUGGCUGCUGGCCACAGUGUUAUUACAAAACUUGAUGGAGUAUCCGAUAUAGAUGAUGUUACCUGCUACUCAGAUGCAACGGAUCACCCAUGUAGUUGGAAUAAAACCACAAAAGAACUUACUGGACUUCGGGAAUGUGAAAAAUACACAAUUAAUGCUAGCUGCAGUGACCGAGUGUCAAUUCACGUCCCACCUGUUACAUGGAGUUUGACCAAAAAGGAUGUAACUAAUACCAGUGUGACAUUAGUCUGGGAAAUCAAUUCAGCUCGUGAAUGCAAUUUAAAUUUUUCCUAUUGUUGUCAACCCAAUGAUACUAAAUGCACUGAUACGCAUCCUAAGACAUACUCAGGAUGUAAUGCAAUAAUUAAUUUACAUCCUAAUAUGAAUUACACUUGUACAUCACAAAUAUAUUUCAACAAUGAAUUCUUGAACAGCACAGACAUCAAAGUAGAAACGGAUUUUGGAGAGCCAGAUAAGCCCAAAAACAUUGAAAUAAACAAAACUGCACAUAACAUAUUCAUUUCUUGGGAUAAGCUAACAAACAAAAACAAUAAACCAGUUGAUGGUUACAUGGUCCAAAUUUGUAAUGAGGAUCCUCGUUCCUGUAGACCAAAAGUCAAAGGAAAUGCUUUAGUAACCAACCAUAACGCGACUGACCUAAAACCCUUCACGAAGUACACGGUCAACAUAUGGGCAUACAAAAUCUCAAGGAACAAAAACCAAACGUUUGAAGGGGAAAAAUAUACUGAAACGAUUGUGACUUCUUCAUCAAAACCGUCACGUGUGACUAAUCUCAACGUCAUCUUGGCAGGAGAAAACAAUGCUGUAAAAAUAACCUGCUCCAACCCAAAGAACUUAAAUGGUCCUUAUAAAAUAUUUAAUUUGUCCUGGGAGGAUAACAAAAAACAGAGCAACUCAUGUGAAUUUCAUAUAAAAGAUCUUUAUCAUUUGACAUUAUACAAUUUCACAGUUACCUUUUCCAAUGGACAUUAUUCUUCUGAUGCUUCAUGGAAAACAGUGACCACUAAAUAUAAUGCUAAAGCCCUGAUUGGAUUUUUGACAUUCCUCAUUAUUGUGACGUCUUUGGCUUUACUCAUCGUUCUAUACAGGAUCUACACCCUUAACAGACAAAAGUCAAGAAAUUCAGAUGAAGCAGUGGUGCUUGUUCCCAGAGAUGACGAAAGGCAGCUGAUGAGCAUAGAACCAAUUCCUGCAGAAUUGUUGUGGGAAACAUAUAGGAGAAAUAUAGCAGAUGAAGGAAGGCUUUUCCUGGAAGAAUUUCAGAGUAUUCCCAGAGUCUUCAGCAAAUUCACUAUAAAAGAUGCACGCAAAUCUUACAACCAGAACAAAAAUCGUUACGUUGACAUCCUCCCUUAUGACUACAACCGUGUGGAGCUUUCAGCAAUAGCCGGUGACCCAGGAUCUGACUACAUAAAUGCAAGCCAUAUUGAUGGUUUCAAAGAACCAAGGAAAUACAUUGCUGCACAAGGGCCCAAGGAUGAGACAACAGAUGAUUUCUGGAGAAUGAUUUGGGAGCAAAAGGCAACCAUUGUUGUUAUGGUGACUCGCUGUGAGGAAGGAAACAGGAUCAAGUGUGCCAAAUACUGGCCAUCCAUGGAAGAGGAGAGUGCAGCUUAUGGGGAUAUCCUUGUGAAAAUUAAUGAAUGCAAAAUAUGUCCCGAUUACAACAUUCAGAAGCUGCACAUCACAAAUAGAAGAGAAAAGACAACCGGGAGAGAUGUGACCCACAUUCAGUUCACUAGUUGGCCAGACCAUGGCGUGCCUGAUGAGGCCCAUCUCCUUCUCAAGUUGCGCCGCAGAGUUAAUGCAUUAAGCAACUUUUUCAGUGGCCCAAUCGUGGUUCAUUGCAGUGCUGGUGUUGGGCGCACAGGAACCUACAUUGGAAUAGAUGCAAUGCUGGAGGGUCUGGAAUCUGAAGGAAGAGUAGAUGUUUAUGGCUAUGUUGUAAAGCUAAGGCGUCAGCGAUGCCUCAUGGUUCAAGUAGAGGCCCAGUACAUCUUGAUCCAUCAAGCUUUGGUUGAAUACGUCCAAUAUGGUGAAACAGAGGUCAGUAUCUCAGAACUGCACAACUACCUUCAUCAGCUGAAGAAAACAGAUUCCUCAAGUGAUCCAUCUCUACUGGAAGCUGAAUUCCAGAGGCUGCCUUCAUACAAAAACUGGCAGAGCCAGAGAGCUGGCAAGAGAGAUGAAAACAAAAGUAAAAACCGAAGUUCAACAGUUAUUCCAUAUGACUACAACAGAGUGCUAUUCAAACAUGAAGAGGAGGGAAGCAGAGAAAGUGAACAUGAAGGCAGUGAAUCCUCUGAUGAUGAAAGUGACUGUGAUGAGGAACCCAACAAAUAUAUCAAUGCUUCUUUCAUAAGCGGCUAUUGGCUUCAAAAUGGAAUGAUAGCAACGCAAGGGCCACUCCCAGAAACCAUUGGUGACUUCUGGAACAUGGUUUAUCAAAGAAAAGUGAAAGUGAUUGUCAUGUUAACUGAGUUAAGAGACAAUACUCAAGAACUCUGUGAACAGUACUGGGGAAAUGGACAAGAGACAUAUGGCAGCAUCACAGUAGAUCUGAAAGAUGUUGAUUCUUCUUCUAGUUACACCAUUCGCACCUUUGAUGUAACUCAUAUGAAGAGAAAAGAACCCCGAAAGGUAUAUCAGUAUCAGUACCAUAAGUGGAAGGCCUCUGGUCUCCCUGAAAGCCCCAAAGACUUGGUCACCAUAAUCCAGAAUCUCAAGCAGAAGCUACCAACUCCAGAUGAAGAAUCUGAAGCACAUGCGCAUAGCAAGAAUGCUCAAGUUGUUAUCCAUUGCCGUGAUGGUUCCCAGCAAACAGGAGUAUUUUGUGCCUUGAUGAACCUCUUGGAAAGUGCCGAGACUGAAGGUGCAAUUGAUGUUUUCCAAGUUGUGAAAGCUCUUCGUAAAGCAAGGCCAGGAAUGAUACCUUCCUUUGAAGAUUAUCAGUUUCUCUAUGAUGCUAUUGCUAGCAUCUGUCCAGCCCAGAAUGGACAAGCGCAAAAGACCCAGUGCCAGGAACACAAGAUUGAUAUUCACAACGAUGUCAAGAAAGAAGACGAGGCUAAUUCUGUUGCGAUUGAUAUCUGCCUCCCAGUUCAAGAAAGUGGGGAUGGUUCGGAAAUGAAGGAUGCUUCCAAAGCCAAGGAUGGCUCUAGGGAAGGAGAAAGUUCUUCGAAUGGACCCACAACUCAUGCUUUAACUGAAGUAGCCUAGAACCCUGCCAGCUAAAGA